AUGGACAUUUUGGAUUUACUGCAGGACAGGAGGGCCGCAGCAGCUCUCACGGCUCCGUCCAGGACGUUCUGGAUCAUCUUGUCUGUUGCCUUGUUUUUUGCAGUUGUUGGCAUCAGCGUGGCGGGGUUUCUCACCUUCUCCCCCAGCUCUGCCCAGGCUGACUCGCAGCUCGUCCGGCUAACGCUCCAGGGCCAGCAAGACCCGCUGAGGAAUCAGACAGCCUUGGUGGACAGGUCCAGGAGCACCGUGACCUACUACGUAACCUCGCAGAGUAACCACAGCGCUGUGGUGCUGUAUGACGGCAGGAACGGCUACGUGUGCUACAAGCCGGAGGAGCAGCACGCGUGCUACCUGAGGAGGAUGGACGCCUGGGACCUCCAGACCCUACAGACCUCCCUCAAUGCGUCCGAGCAGAGAGCGGAUCAGCUGCUAAAUCAGAAUAACCAGACCAAGUACUACCGGGAGUUCCUGGGCAUUCUGGCGGGGGAACAGGCGGACCCCAAAAGCCUGGGGGGGGCUGUCCAGACCCUGUGUGAGCAGACGUCCAUCUUCUGGGUCAGGAGAGGGGAGGGUCCGGGGAAGCAGCGGCUGAUCUACCUUUGCAUUGACAUCUGUUUUCCAAGCAACAUCUGUGUGUCUAUCUGCUUCUAUUACCUCCCUGAGUAA